GGAUUUUUCAGUAUUUAAUGAUAAUUUCUUUUGUUUUUUUUCUUUUAAAACAAUUAAACAUAAUCAAUAUUCACAGAAAGAAAGAUUCUACAAUUGUUUAAUAAAUUUUUCCUGCAUUAUUUUAAUCUACUGAAGAUGGUAAUUGCGUUAACGUCAUGUGGUAAUAAAAGAGAAUGUGUGUUUCUUCUCUUACGUACUGUUGCGUACAUAGGAUGUGAGCCUGUGAACUGUAAAUCUGGUAAAUUAGGUCAUCUGACAUAGUUUUCAACUUCAGUUAUGUUGUUUUAUAAUUUUUUGUCCAUUUAAUAACAAUAAUUAUCAUCGACAAUGACACAUUCAAUAAACACUAACUCCAAGAAAACUAAAAUUAACCUCAACUUUAUCACAGUCAAUACAUAAACAGUUUGAAUACACAACUUAAAAUUUCUGUAAAUAGUUUAAUUUCUAUUUUUAAAGUAAACAUAAAUUACUAAACGUAUUUAUGAAAGCUCACAUUAGCAAAUGACAGUGUAAUAACGUGAGAAAAUAUGAAAUUAUGUUUGACAAGUCAGAUGAUGAGAAUUCAUCAGGUGUAAAUUUUAUAAAAAGUAUAUUUUCGCCACGUCGAAAUAAUUUAUUAACGGAUAAAAUUGGUGGAAGUUUAGGACUAAUUCAAGAAUCAAGACCAUCAAAUUUGCCGGCCAAAAAUCCAACUGAAGAAGACUCACAUCGCAAGCAGCAUGAAGCUAUCGUUGAGGCCAUUAAAAGACGUGAAAUACGAGAACUACAGAAGCUUAAAAAAGAAAGAGAGUUGAGACGUAAAGAGGAAGAGAAACUGACAUCUGAUCUACAAAUAUGGUGCAAUCGUAUCUUACCAAAUUUUAAAAUACUCCGAAAUACUCGAGAAGUUCAUGAGUUAUGGUGGCGAGGCUUGCCAUCUGCUAUCAGAGGCAGAGUUUGGAGAUUAGGAAUAAAUAAUAAUCUGAACAUUACUCAAAAAGUAUAUGAAGAGUGUCUUAAGAAAUUAGAAGAUAAUCCCAAUGAAUUAAUUGCCAUAAAGCUUGAUGUAUCACGGACAUUCCCAACUCUACGUGUUUUUCAAGAUGAUGGUCCUCUUUUUGAAUCUCUUUACAGUAUUUUAGGAGCAUAUUGUGUUUUUAAGCCCGAUAUAGGGUAUGUUCAAGGCAUGAGUUUCAUUGGUGCUAUUUUAAUUCUCAACAUGGAGCCUAAUGAUGCUUUUAUUUGUUUAGCAAAUUUAUUAAACAGUCCAUGUCAUAAUGCUGCAUACUCAUUGAAUCAAGACAGAAUGAAUAUUUAUUACAGAGUUUAUAAUGAAUUGUUAUUAUUGAAUUUUCCAAAAAUUCAUUCUCAUUUUUUAUCCAAUGGAUUGACACCGGAUUUUUAUUUAUUAGAUUGGUUAUUUACUAUAUAUGCAAAAGCAAUGCCAUUAGAUGUUGCAAGUCGUAUAUGGGAUAUUUUUAUUCGUGAUGGUGAUGAAUUUUUAUUUAGAACAGCAUUAGGAAUUAUGCAUCUUUAUCAUGAUCAAUUGUUAACUAUGGAUUUUAUUCAUACUGCUCAAUUUCUUAUUAAAUUACCCGAUAAUUUACAAGCAAAUAUUUUAUUUGAUAGUAUCAAUCGUGUAACGAUGAAAAUUAGUAAUUCUACCUUCGAACAAAUGGUUUUAAGUGUGCUAUGAAUAUUGUGUAUGUGAAAAUGUGAGAAUGAAAUUCGUAUUUAAUACUCAAUAUUUUUUUAAUCAAUGUAAGAAACGAUAUGUUGUAAAUGUCUUAUGCAAAAGAUCAAUUUAUUCUUUACGAUCAAAUUUUCAUUUAUUUAAAGAAAAAAGACAAAAUAUAUAUUUUUAU